GCUGAAACCAUAGACUAUAGCAGCAGCACAGAGAGAGAGAGGCAGCAGGGAACAGACACGACCUCCCUCAUCCUCAUCAUCAUCCUCAUCAGGCACGAGCAUGUAACCGGCUCUUUCUCACGCACGCUCUCUCUCCCUUAUAAUAAGCGUUGUUUUAUAUGGAAGCCGAGUCCGCGUGCGCUGCCGCGGUCAUGCUCCCUCCUAAGAACUGCAUCCCGAGGAACUACAGCUGUAUAGCGGGUCUGUUCGGCAGUCUGGCCACCACGCAAAAGAUGGAGGAGGACGGGGAAAAGGCCGAGGGCGAGGAGGAGGAGGUGACGGUCAACGGUGAGUGUCAUCCGCCGGAGAUCCGUGUGGUGGAUGAGCGGCCACGGGGGCGCGAAUCGUUCCUGAAGCCACCGCCGCAGAGCCCCACGCAGCGGCGGCGCUGCAAGUCCCUGCCGAGCCCCGCGGAGCGCGCCCGGCUGGAGAUUGCGCGCAGCCGGAGCCCCACCAGCCAGAAGAAGGUGAGGUUCGCCGACUCGCUGGGCCUGGAGCUCAUCUCCGUAAAGCACUUCGACGACGCCGACGAGCCGGAGAUCCCCGAGCGCGUCACGGACCGGUUCAGGAAAGCGCGCGCCAUGCACCUCAACACCCUGGGGGUGCCCGGAGCCUCGGCGCAGUCUGUCUUUAUGGAGGUGCUGUUCAGCAACCCGUGUGCCUCGCCAUCCUUCAUGCAGCGCGUGAGGGAUCUCCGCGUGUCGCUGGAGAGGGUGGACGCCGACGAGUUCUGCCUGUCCGGGCUCGUGCGCGUCUUGAACAUGGCCUUCGAGAAGAGCGUGACGCUGCGCUACACCAUCAACAACUGGGCCACCUUCGUGGACGCGCCGGCCUCCUACGUGCCGGAGUCGAGCGACGGCAUCACGGACAAGUUCUGCUUCAAGAUCGUCACCCCCAUGUUCCUGGAGGCCGGCGGCACCUUGCAGUUUGCCGUCAAGUACCGCGUGGACGGGCAGGAGUUUUGGGACAACAACGGGGGAAGCAAUUACAGAGUCAAGCGCCACAGGUUCAAAAUCUCGCCCCCCCGCGAGUGGGAGAAUGGUUGGAUCCAUUUCAUUUAGUUUUUUUUAUUUCAUUCACACACACAGUUUUACGCACUCGCGUGUCUGUCUGUGCGCCGGUUCCUCACAGCUGCACUGAGCUGCUCCUUGUGGACUAUGGCUUUUACGCUUUUGGAGAGGCGAUGGGGGGAUGGGUUGGUGCUAGACUGCACUGCUUUAGCUGCAGGAGAAGGAAGGGUCUGGUGCUGAUUGAUGGUGUCUGCUUGCUGGAUACAGAAGAUAAAGAUAAAGUGUGAGGUGGUGAUGGUGUUUUUUUUCUUUGGUUUUUGCUCUUAUGUAACAUGGAUGGAAACACGUGCCACGAGAUAAACUGAAGCUGUACCCUUUAUGCAUGACUUCAGUCAAAGAUGGUGAUUCUGUACAUAGAGAGUGAGAGAGAGAGUCUAUAUAUGUAUAUAUAGAUAUAAGUAUAUGUGUGUGAGUGUAUGUGUGUAUGUACAUAAUCUUAUACAAAGGUUUGGGCAUCCCUGGGGAAUCGCACAUUUUAAACCCAAUUUCAAUUACUUACUGAAUUUAGCAUGUUCUGUAACUGUUGUGGCUCAAAGGAUGAUACUAGGUGUUGGAGUUUAAUAACAAACAGUAUGUUAAAAGACUACUGGCUAUUUUGAGGGCAGUCUAAAAGUGGUACUCGGUAACAGUAUGUAGCAGUUUCUGACACCACUUCAUUGCAGUAACACCACGACCUGCCAGUGAGCUACCUCAACAUAUGAUAGACUGGGUUCAAUUCCUGCUCUGGGUGACUAUGCAGUGUAACACCUAUAACAUCCUUGAGCAAGACGUCCGACGCCAUAUUGGUUCACCUCUGUAAGCUAAAUACCGUAAAAGUAAAUAAAUAACAUCUGGUAUUACCUUAAAGCACCUAAUAUUGUUUAUGUUACAUGUUUAUUUCAGUGUGUAAAUAGUAAUUAUGCUAUAAAAUGUGCAGAUGUGUAUCUUAGCUAUACAUGAAAUGCCCAAACCUUUGAAAGACAAUAUAUAAAUGCAUUAGGGAUGUAAUGUACACAGUAUAUAGUCAUGUUUCAAUUUAGACCACAAGGUCCAGUACAAACCAAGCCUCAAAGCAAGUUUCUGAUGCUGUCAGAGAAACUCAGUCCAGACCAAAAAACACAUUUGGUGAGAGUACUGGUCACAACCAAGUACAAAUACUAUGAACUAUGUAAGUCCAGCAUGUGUAACUACACUAUAGUUAGCUGACUGGCUAGAAACCACAUAGAUCACAAUGGCCAGUUUAAGAUAACAUCAGACUUACUGAACAAAACUGCAGAACCUGAGUGUCUGUUAAUCUGUUAAUGCAACCAACACCACAUUAACCCCAUGUGAUCUAUAAUAGCAUCAUUAAUUAGCUACUGUAUUUAUGACAGCUCAAAUACAAUUCCACUACUCCAUGCAUCAGCAGUCUGUUCCUGCCAAGGCUGUCAGACAUUUUAUAAGUGUAACUCUGCCUUCUUUCACUAUAACAGAAUAAUGUUUUAAAAAAUGAUUUAUGUAGGACAAUAAAAUAAAUGUGCCAAUAUAAGCACAGGGAAAGGCUGACUGUUGGACUAAGACCCUGGAGAUGUAAAUUAUGGAUUAUUUUCUAAUUGAAACAUAUGGGGAUAUGCAGAUCUAGGUGUCAUACUGCAACCAGUCAGCAGAGGCACUAGAUAUGUAGUGGUUUCACUUUUGAGAGAUUUUGCAUAUUUUGUCCUAUACAUUUAUUUUUAAACCAUUAUUCUGCUAUGUCAUAAGAAGGCGGGGUUACAUUUAGAAAUUAAGACAUUGAUUGACAGACUUGGCUGGAUCAGACUAUUUGCAUUACAUGAAGUAGCUGAGUAGCUGCCAGUCAAUUAGGUAAUUAAGCAUGUCGUACUAUACUUAAUCAUGUUGUGUUGUGCUGAUGGUUGCAUUAGCAGACACUCUGAACAAAUUUCUUUGCAGUUUUCUCAGUAAGUCUGAUGUUAGCGUAACAAGUCCACGUGAUCUACUGUACAUAACCCCCUAAUA